AUGGCCGACACAGUACCGGCAAAGCUCAAGAGCCUGCAGCUCGCGUCUUUCGCGAAGCGCGCUGCCCAGCUCGAGCGAUUCAAGCCCAUCAUCACCUACUGGUUACGCUUCUACAUAGUGCAAAGAAUCAUCGCCGGUGGAUUGCACUCGGCCGACCAAGAAUGCACCGCCUACACGACCGACCUCAUGGAAAAGCUCGAGCAAGCAAAGGCCGAGAACCCCAACGAGGAUGCCUUGCUGGAUGACACGGUCGCGAGCGCAUACUGCGAACAGUUCGCGCUACAGACUCUCGCAAAGGCAGAAAGGGAGAUGGCCGAGAACAGAGUCAAUGGGCAGACAGCCGACACCCUCCUCGCCGCGUCUACGUUUCUCGAGAUCAUGUCGAUAUGGAAGAACAACGAUCCAGAGAUCAUUUCCAAAACCAAGUUCGCCAAAUACCACGCGCUACGCAUCGUCAAAGCCAUCAAGGCCAACGAAGACCCCAAUGCGACGAACCCCGUACAGGAAACACCGCAGCAGCCCAUGUCGCCGUCUGCGUUGGAUCCAAACGACCCAGAAGUCCAGCGUAUAAACCAAGGCGCUCCACCUCCGAACCCAUACCAACCAUCCGUAGAGACAGCACCGAAUACCUCUACCCAACCAUCGCCCAACUUCUCCGCACGCCAAGUAUCACCACCACCUCCCAACCUCCCUUCUGCACCUACUGGAUACACCCAGUCAUCGCACAACGAUGUAUCUCCAAUAUCACAACCCGGCACCUCGAGGCAGGGCUCUGUCGUUUCGAUCGGCGGUGGAUACUUCCCGAGAACAGACGCUCCUGAUCCUCCUACAUUCACGGCAGAGACGACGGCACCAGGUCUACCAACCGCUCCAAUGGACAUAGACCCCAUGACAUCUUCUCUGCCCACGAGCCCUCAGCCACCACAAGCUCCGGAAUCAUCAGACCCUGCAAGCUUCUAUCAAAACCCGGCGUCUCCAGCGCCUGCUCAGGCUCCUCAGCAGCCACCACCUCAAAACCCAUACCAAUCUCCUACGCCCCCGCAAGUUCCGCAAAAGCCUCAGAGAUUAUCUUCCAGCUUCGGAGCACCCCCACAACAACAUCAGUUUGCCUCGCCUUCGCCACAGCCGCCUCAACAACAGUACCAACAAGGCGGAUUCUCUCAACCUGCUCAGCCGCAGUACCAGUCGGCGCCCCACCAGAAUCCAUACGCUCAACCACAACCUCCUCUCCAGCAAACAUCGCAGGGUCCGUUCAGGAAUGACGAAGAUUCCAUCAUGGAAGCUACAAAGCAUGCCAAGUGGGCCAUUUCUGCGAUGAACUUUGAAGAUGCAGAUACUGCUGUGAAGGAGCUACGCACAGCGUUACGGGCUCUGGUGGCGAAGAUGGCGCCCAUCACACCUCUCAAUGCGGCGGAUAUAACUGAAAAAGCGCGCCGGGAGCUGCUGCUCCUGCUCGAGGGUAUCAGAGGAAAGAAGAACCUCGUACUAGAGAAAGCUCUCGCAGGCCCGCUGAACUUGCUUGUCAAGUUCUCCACGCUCCAGGAAUAUGGCGUCGACAAGCCCUUCUUCCUUGAGAACGACAAUGUCGACUCUUCUCAGCGCAACAUCGUCUUCCUCGUCAGAGGCGAGAAAGCAAAGACUGUGAUGGCUGUUGCUGAUCAAAUCAAACGUAUUCGGCGAGACAGCCAGAUUGAACAUGAAUUCUCCAUCUUCUGGGUGCCGCGCCGUACUAUGACCUCGGACCAACUGCUUGAAGAGGCGGGUGUCUUGGGUGAAGCUAGCGUGAGCGAAUGGCCGCUGUUCUUCGUGCCGCUUGCAGAUGAUGUGCUAUCGCUUGAACUUGAAGAUGCUGUGUCAGAUCUUUAUCUCAAGAAAGAUCCUACCGCGAUCUACUUGUCGGCCAAAGCACUCAUGCUUCAGCAACAGAAGUAUGGUCUCUUCCCGCGCAUCAUCGGAAAAGGUGAUAAUGGCAAGCGACUCGCCGACCUACUCAUCCGCAUGCGUACCGAAGUAACGGCCGGUGAGACCUCUGCCGGCGGCGGACCAUCAUUCCUGGGCUUAGCACCUAGUUCCAACAUCGACAGUCUGAUCAUCAUUGACCGAGAAGUCGAUUUCCCUACGGCGCUACUCACUCAGUUGACGUAUGAAGGACUUAUCGAUGAGGUUUUUAAUAUUACCGCCAACCAGACCGAAGUCGACUCUUCCAUAGCUGGUGGUGCACAGCCUCAGCAAGGUCAGACCGGAUCAGCAUCGACAAGCAUGAAGCGCAAGAUCAUGAUUGAUUCAAAAGACGCUCUAUACGCCGAUCUAGGUGAUGCAAACUUCGCUAUCGUCGGUAACUUGCUCAAUCAAGCAGCUCGUCGUCUGCAGAGCAGCACAGGACGCGACCAGCUUGCCACAAAGACGACUACAGAGCUUCGUGACUUCGUCGCCAAGUUGCCCGGUUACCAGGCCGAGCAAGCAAGCUUGAAGCUACAUACUAGUCUGGCUGAGGAGAUUAUCAAAUUCACGCGCACAGAUAUCUUCACGCGGAGUUUGGAAGUGCAGCAGAAUAUCAUGUCUGGCGCCGACCCAACAACACAACACGAUCUCAUCAACGAGCUCAUCAACCGUGAUGUACCGCUACCCGCUAUCCUUCGCUUGCUCUGCCUAGAGUCCACCACGAACGCCGGCAUCCGUCCGAAAGAUCUCGAGGCUUUUAAACGCGCCAUCAUCCAAGCAUAUGGCCCGCAACACAUCCUAACCCUCGCCUCCCUCGAGAAGAUGGGUCUACUAGGCCCACGAGGCGGCGUAAGUCUCGGUGGCGUAGGCGCGCCCGCCAAACCCGGCAGCGUAACAAACUACACGCCCCUGCGCAAGAGUCUCAAGCUGUGGGACGACGACGUGAACGAAGCAAGCCCCAACGACAUCAGCUACACCUUCUCCGGCUACGCACCCCUCAGCGUCCGCAUCAUCCAGUCCAUCAUCCAGAAACACACCCUCGCCAACGCCAUCAAACCCCCUUCCGAUCCCCGCGCAAGCGCCCAAGCCAAUCCCCUCGCCCAAGGCCUCCGCAUCUUCGACGACGCAAGCAAAUACAUUCGUGGCGCCACAUUUGAUGAGACGCAGAAGGGCGAGGAGAAGGCUGUCAAGGCGCGACAGCUGUUGAAUGGGAGUGCAGGCGAGAGGAACAAGACCAUUGUUGUCUUCUUCCUGGGUGGUGUUACAAGGGCUGAGAUUGCGGCGCUGAGGUUUGUCGGUGAGAAGUUGAAGGAGAGUGGUGGGGAGGGCAGGGGGUCAAGGAUUGUGGUUUGUGCGACGAAUGUGGUGAAGGGGGAGGGGUUGGUGGGCAGUGCGAUUGAGAAGGCGAGGUUUAAAGCUUGA